AUGGAGAGCCCGGCCGUCACCUUCACGCUGGCCUACGUGGUGUUCGCCGUGUGCUUCGUGUUCCCGCCCGACGAGGUGCGCUCGGCUGGGCUCACCGUGCAGAGCCUGCUGGGCGCCUGGCUGGGCAGCGAGGACGCGGCCUUCGUGCAGUACCACGUGCGGCGCAGCACGGGCACCAUGCUGGCGCACUCCCUGCUGCCCCUCGGGUAUUACCUUGGAAUGUGCUUCGCCGCCCCAGAAAAGCAUCUCUGUUAUUUUUACCUGGCUCCCAAAGGAUGGAAAACCUUCUUUUUUCUCGCCGUUCUCCUCCCGGCGGUCACCAGCGCCCUGGCGUAUUACUGGUCGCGGAAGGGCUGGAAUAAUCACCCGCUCGCUCGGACGCUGGCCGUGCACGCCCUCCCUCAGUCGGGUUGGAGGGCAGUGGCCUCCUCCAUCAAUAUGGAAUUCAGAAGAAUUGAUAAAUUCGCCACCGGAGCGCCAGGAGCCCGAGUGAUUGUUACAGACACGUGGGUGAUUAAAGUGACCACCUACUGUUUGCAUGUUGCCCAGCAGCAGGACAUUCACUUGACCGUGACAGACUCCAGGCAGCACGAGCUCUCGCCAGACUCCAACGUGCCCGUGCAGUUCCUCACCAUCCGAGUUGCCAGUAUUAACCCCUAUGUGAAGGCCUUCAAUAUUCGGUUGAACUCCACAGAGUAUGGGGAGCUCCGUGAAAAGCUCCGUGCUCCAAUCACUAAUGCAGCCAACGUUGUGAUCCAUCAAAGCCUCAGUGAUUUAUUUCUAGAAACUUUUACAUCUCUGGUGGAAAUUAAUCAGACAUACCCUGCUCCAAGCAAUCAGGAACUGGAGCCGUGCAUAGGGUGCAUGCAGACAAAUGCAAAUAUCAAGCUCAUCAAGAACUGCCAAGAGCCAAAUGAAGGAGAGUGCCAGCAGUGCUACUGUCGUCCUAUGUGGUGCCUCACCUGCAUGGGCAAAUGGUUUGCCAGCCGGCAGGACCAGCAGCACCCGGAGACCUGGCUCUCAAGUCAAGUGCCUUGUCCAACUUGCCGAGCCAAAUUUUGCAUUUUAGAUGUUUGCAUAAUACGGUGAACAAUAUUUUGAUACGUUUUAACUUUUAAAUGUAUUUUGAGUGGGCUUGGCUGAAAGGUCUGUUAGCUUUGUUUCUUGCGGUUCACAUUCUAUAUGGGUGCAAACUCCAGAGCUUUCUUUGACAACCUUGAAAACAGGAGCCCAUCUUCCUUUCAUUUCCUUUUCACUUUUACCUUUAUUCUUUAUUCUUGUUUUUUGUUCUCCAGAUACAUAACUUCUGAGACUUUUUUCGCUCUUUCUCAAAGAAAUUUUUCUUUUUUAUGUCUUGGAUGGAAUAAGGGUACCCAUUGAUGGUUUAGGUACUAUUUUCUGUUUUUUUUAAGUUUUAACAUUGAUAUUUUGAUCCUUUAGUAAAGGGCUAACUGAAAAAAAUGCUGUGAUUAGAUUUUAUUGAUGCUGUUAUUCAUUGAUCCAUCAGUAAUGCUCAUGUUCAUCUUUCCAAGUGUUCACCAAACCAGUAUAGCAGAUAGGUUUCUCUGCUUGUCCCGUUCUAUUAGAAAGGGGACAGGUUACAACAGCCUAAGGACUUUAAUCCCUAAAGAUGUACAGCUUGUGCAGAGAACUUGUAUUUCAUUAAUCUGCCUCUAUCUUGUUCUUUAAAGGAUGUAUUUAUUUCAAACUACAGAAGAAUUCAGAAAUAUACUGUGUUUACCUAUGCUGCUAAUGCUGCGCAUAGGAUCUGUAUAGUUAAAUGUUCCUGGAAGGUUCAUUGCCUGGGGUUUCAGUGCUCUUCGGGUAAUGUUUUGUUUGUUUGUUUUUUAAUUUAUUUGAAGGAAGUGCAGCAAAUGUUUGAACUGUUUAAAAAUUCAGAAAGAAUGCUCAGCUAUUUCAAAGCCUGUAAGAUUUUCCAAGUAGGUAAUUAGUAAGUUACCAGUACAGAUGGCAUGCCAGUGAAUAAUUGCAAAAGUCUUAAUUACCAGGAUAUCCAUGGCUGCUUUGAGGAGAAAUAGGAAACAGAACAUUAAAGGUGGCACGAGCACUGGAAGCGCAACUGUGAAAUGUUUCACUGAGGUCUCAGCCUAGCUGUAGGUUACAUGGUGAGAAUACCAAACUGCACUUAGGACCAGACAAACCAGGAUAUGGUUACCUGUGUUGGCUGCAAGUCGCAUUUUGGGUAUAACUCAAAUAUAGAUUUGGCAGCAUCAUAUAAGAACUGACUCAUAAUUUAUAUAUUCUGGGUAUAUAUUAUUUUCUAAUAUACACUUAAAAGGCCGUCUGGGUUAAGGACACUGAUCAGUUGAGUAUAUCUUAGUUGUUUCAUAUACAAUUUCUACUAUGCAAUUGUCUGUCCUACCUAUUAAUCAGGAUGUUUCUUCCUGCUUUUCCUUUUGGAUUACUACUGCUUGUUUUGGAGUGAAGACACUUAGACUGGCAGUAUGGAUUUGUCUCUUUCCUACAUACAUCUUAAAUGAUGUUCAUUUGCAUAGGACAAAACUGAAGCUUUGAUUUUCAGACCAAACUGUGGACAAGUCUGAAUAAUUAAAUAAAAUUCAGGGCACAGAUCCGUGACUGAAUUUAAGAUUUUUUUCAGUACUUUUGUGGUAAAGUUAUUGGUAAUUUUGAAAUGCAGUCUCUACAGUAUUUUUAUUAUUAUUAUUUUUAAUCUGUGGUAGAUUCUAUCUGGGCCAGGUGGUGUCAUCUGAUAUUUACCUCCUCACUAUACAGUAGCCUUUACAAAUACAGUUUUUGUGCUCUUUCUGCAAUUUACAUCAAGUGGCACAAAUACAAGGAAUAGGAUCCUUGAAAUAGUUGUAGAAGGAUGGGUAGGAUUAUGGACCUGUGGCUCUGCAAUUGACAGGCAUUCAAUGCCUACAUGUUUCCUACAUGUUUCCUAAAUUCCUGCAUUUAAUGCUAAGGUGCUUGAAGCUUAAAUUGUAAAGACCUCGAGAACCUUAUAGAGACAUGUAGUUGCAGAUGUUUUUUAUACAAGAAAAGUGGGUUAAUUGCAGUAUCUUAUGUAUUAAGAGCUUUAGUCUCACAAUUGCUUGUGCGUUCAUGUUCUUUAAAUAUUUUUUUCU